AUGCUGAUCGAACCAGCGGAUAUAGCUGUUUGUGUGACUUUCAAAUCAAAGCCAUCAUCUUCGAAGAAUAUCGCAAACUCUACGGAAACUAGCAAUUGCCGAAAAAACAGAGGACUUACUCAUUCAGGUGCCCCAAAUCAAAAGUCUAGAAGGAAUUCUGAAAGCGCCUUCGACCGAAGUUAUAGAGGGACCAGGCAAUCCCGCGUUCGAAGAAGAUCUAGAGAUUUUGAAUGCGAAGUUGGCGAUUCUCAUCAAAGUAAACGAUUAAAAAGACUACCAGAAACCUCAAUUGAGUCCGUGCAAGGAUCGAGAAGGCACGAAGAACGCACGAAUGAUAGUGAUUCCUGCAAAUCGACUGAGAAAGAGAAAAAAAGCAGCAAUCGCCGCCUGUUGUUAGGUAAAGCUGCAAACGAAAAUGAUCAUGUCUGUGGGUCUGCUUGCACCAUUGAUCAUGAGUUUAAAGCAAACGAAAUGACUGGAAAUGUGCUCAUACAGCUCAAUUCUCGCACGAAGCAAGUAAUUAGACUGAAAGAAAAUCUAAACAAAUCGGCAACUGCCCUCCUCCAGUUCACAGAUGUCAGUCCACAAGAAAGAAGUCCCUCGGAUUGUUCCUCCGUGUCCGGUGGCAACACGUUUAUGAAUAUCGCUCAAAUAUUUAGCUCGAAAUAG